CACGAGAAAUCGCAUCGUGUUUCAUUCACAACGCGAGCGCCACUGGCAAUGUCGGGAAGUGACAGCCCAACAUUCUUUCACGGCCAGCCCUGGUCCAGCUGGAUCGAAAGAAUCGGACGAGACAAGCCGUUGAGCGAUGAAGAAACAGAUGCUCAACUUUCUAGCUCAGUUACACGGCUUGCAUCAGAAGAUAUUGAUUUAUAUGGAUUUUGUCCCGAAAGAGAUACUUUUUACACGGUAGUGUGCGAAACCUGCCAUGCUAUAGUUAAACCACAGGCUCUCAUUCAACAUAUGGAAAGUCGCCAUCCUUCGGGCACGGUUAAUUUUCCACCUCCUUCCACUCCGAUAGUAAAAACUCCUCUGAAGACGCCUUAUUGCAAGGUAUCGAAAUUGAAAAAGACGCAGUCGUCACCGCAGAUUUCAAGUAGUGGGAGUAACAAGAUUAACCAUACAAACGUGAAAAGGAGUACAGAGCAGCCAAAUAUCUCAACGAGUUUACCGCCUGCGUCAAUACCGAUCUCUUCAUCGCCUCGUUCGCCUCUUGAGUCAUUACCGUCGUCUGUUCAGACGUCAAACUCUGCUUCGGGAUCUGUGCUCACCUCGAGUCCGGUGAAAAGUCCCGGUACAGCGACAGGGCAACCUCGUCGGAAGAGACUCAAAACUGACCGAUCGCUACUGAAGGAUCGAGAAUACGACCCAGAUCGACAUUGUGGAGUGUGGAUCGAGGAGACCGGGAAACCUUGCACAAGGUCGCUCACAUGCAAAGCGCACACGGUCUCGUUACGCCGGACGGUGAUCGGUCGAAGUAAAACUUUUGACAAACUUCUCGCGGAGCAUCGUGCCUCGAAAGAGGUUCCAAACAGGCCGACGAAAGUCACCGUAACCGGUACAGUGACCGUAUCCUCUGCAACCUCGAGUCUAAACCCAUUAACACCCACCACCCCCGCCUUGACCAUCGAAACGGAAGCGCCCAGCUCGCCUCCCGUUCUAUCGCUGCCAGACACGUACCCACUGCCAAAGGCUGUUGAUUUGCUUUAUCGGUGUCUGGCCCCGCAUGGCUCCACUAAACCUACCAAGCUCGAAGAGGACUUCGCCAACGAGGAACUGAGGAGCCUGGAGUCGUCGCUAGUGAAUUCGACCGGUUCGUCACAGUCGAGUUCGAUGAUGGCGCCGAUAUCCGUGGUGUUGCCGUCGCUAUCACCGUUGCCGGCGAAUAACGAGGAUUCGUCGUCGGUCAGCACGUUGCUACCGAACACAGCAUCUCCAGGUAUACCGGUACCAGCAGCACUGCCAGCCACGUGUACGCAGUCGUCGUUAGUCACGACGGUCCUCGAGGCUGAGACAUCGAUGGACAUCGAUCCGGAAGCAGCAAUGACCAUCUAUUCUCCCGUUUACAAGGAUAAGUCGAAGUUGCUGGUGGAGCUACCACGCACGAACAAUAUCGCCCAUUCUCCUAUAUCGUCUAUGCCCAGCCUGCUAUUCGAACCGAUGGAUCAGCUCGAGCAGCUGGAACAGUUGGAACAGCAACACGCGACACAGAUCAAUGGAAAGAGACUGAAUCACGCGACUCGUUCGAGUCCCGUUACGCAACGACAGUCGAAAAGGACCAAACACGAGUAUCAUCAGCAGGACUUGUCCACGGCGAUACAGGUUGAAGCUACGACCACGUCCUCGCCUUAUCCUCAUUUCGGGGACAUAUCUUGGUCGAACUGUCACCCGGAGCCACUGGCUGUUAGCCGGUGGCUUCGUAUUUCGUCCAGCCGUAAGCAGUACAACUUUAAUAUUCACUGACAUAAGACCCCACCCACUCCAGGCUGAGGACCGUGCGCCAUGGGCGUU